AUGAAUCAAGGGGAAAUAAUGAAAAACAUGGAUAAUGUAUUUAAUUAAUUAACAAAUAAUUUCAAUGAAUUAAUAAGUAGAGAAUAGUUGUUGAGAUUUCUCGACUAAAAAUGUAUAUAAUUAUAUGACAGAAUAAUCUUUGAACAAUUAUAUUCAAGAAUGCCUAAAGGAAUAAAUGGAUAUGUUUCAGUAAUUGAUUUUAAAAACAUUGUUCUUUAAGCCUACUAAACAUUGAGAACUAAAAUUACUCAAUAAUCUACUUUAAUGGACUAAAAAAAAAAGUAAUAUUUCAAAUAUGAAUUAGAGAAUUGAAUUAAAUAUCAAUUAAAUUGAAAUAAUUAAGUAAUAAAGAGAGAUAUAAUAAUAAUAAUAUAAGUUUAUAAAGCACAUUAACAAUUUAAAUAUUAGAUGGAAUAAUUGAGUUUUCAGGGAAUUCUUUAGUUUUUAUAAAGAUAGGAUGUGAUGAAAUUAUUUAUCAAACUAAAUAUGUAAAUAGAAAUUCACCAUAAUGGGGUGAUACAUUUACUUUUCCUAUAUAAUCUGGCUAAGAAGAGAUAUGGCUUGCUAUAUUAGAUGAAGAAUUAGCUUAAAAUAAAUAAAUAGGUGGGUAGGUACAAUUGUAAUUGAAAGAGUUUUAUGAUUAACAAAUCCAUUAAGAAGAACUUAUUUUUAUGGAUCAAUAUAAUACUAUUAGAUCUGCUAUUAUUAAGGUUUCAGUUUAAUGGAUACAUUCUUAAGUAUUAAAAAAUUAGUAAUUAGACAAAAUACCUAGAAUAAGAAAUUCUAGUAACUUAAUAAUAAAUCCAAGAACUUAAUUUUGACAUUGAUGAAUAUAACAAUGAUAUUAAUGCAAUUUUAUAACCUUUUCAACUAUAAAAUUUUAAAGAUCGAUAAAAUUAAUUAGAGUAAAGUUAAAAACAGCAAUAAACUUUAAAUGAAAUUUAUUCAACAUAAUAAAACUAUGCUGUAGAAAUUGCUAAAUAAAAUACAGAAUUAUCUCCAAAUUAAUGGUUGAGAAUAAGUUUGAUACUAACUCUUAUGUUAUUAAUAUCAACUGUAGCAGAAUCGUUUAUAAAAACAUAAUUUUUGGAUGUAUUAAUCAGAUUCAUCAGAUUAGUUUCUAAUUUUAUUUUACAGUUUGUGGUUUUAUAUGAACAAUUUUGAAUUGCAAUCUUUAUUGCAUAUCAAAAUAAUGACAUUUAUGUACAUUUUGUCCAUUAUUUAUGAUGGCUUUUGGUUGUUUAUUUAUUUUAAACCAGAUUUAAAAAAUGAGAUCAAAUUUGAUCAUUAAGAAGAUACAUUUCAUUAAUACACAGUAGUUCUUUGUAUCUUAAUUUUCAUUGAAAAAGUACAAUUUAUAAAUAAAAAUAUUAGCUAUUUAUAAUCCUUUCUUAUAUAAAUCUAUUUUUAAAGUGUCCUAAUGCUAGAUAAAACAUAUUUGAUGAAUAAUUUGAGAUUUGUUUUGGUUCAUAUAAUAAAAAGAGAUUUGUAGAGAACCAAAAAUAAACUUAAUACUCAAGUAAAAUAAUAAGAUAAGGCACAUAAAAUGUAAAAUAUGUUUAUCCUAUAUAAUAAUAAUCUUAAAAUUCAAGAUACUCUUUAAGUUAUGUUUAAUGA